AGCAGCAGUCUGACGGUGUGGCAGCAGCAGAAGUCUGACGUUGUGGCAGCAGCAGCAGUCUGACGUUGUGGCAGCAGCAGCAGCCUUUGUCUUGUCCAGCUUGGUCCACAUGCUCCCCCCGUAGAUAGAAGAGAACAGAAGAGAGGGGAGGAGCAGCGCUGAGCACUGACACAUUGACCUACUCUACCAGGGUGAGAACAACGUUUGCUGUUUGCUGUGUUUCCCUGUGUGGAUUCAGAUUCAGUACUUGGACAGCUCCAGAGUGCUCCACUCUCCAACACAUUCCUGUAGUAGAGCAUAGUAUAUGUGAAGUCUCCCUCGUCGAGACCCCAGCCCCAGCGGCAGCCCUGGACCUCCAGCCCCAUCCCCCCUUGGCUCUCUCCCUGGCUCCCUGCGCACCUCUCCCCCUGGGUACAGCAGACAGCAUGGCCAGCCUGGAGCACCAGUGGGAGAAGCAGCUCUUUGAGAAGUUCUGGAAGGGGACGUUUAAGGCUGUGGCCACACCGAGACCAGGGAGCAUCAUCGUGGCCAGCAUCACCGCACGGAGGAGGGUAAUCAGCACUGAGACAACAACUUGCCAUCCACUCAAGGCUGAUGAGAGGAAAGCCGAGGCAGAAGACACCAAGUUGGACACAACCACAGACAGAAAUGGAUGCAUUAGAGACAUGGGACGACGCAAACAAGGCAGCUAUCAUCGGACACAGCGUGUGUUGUUUGAUGACGAUCUCUCCCCUCGGCCCCACGCUUCCAAGGGGAAGAAGAAGAGGAGGAAAUCGGAGCGAAAGAGGAAGAGGAAAAGGUCUCCGUACUAUAGUCUGUCUCCAGUGAGGAAGAAGAAAAAGAAGAAGAAGAAGAGCUCCAAGAAAAGCAAACGCCACGGGUACACCUCUAAAAAGACAAAGCACAGCUCUUCUAGUUUGAAACAUAAGAGGAAGGAUGAUCGAAAACACAAGAAAAGCUCACGGAGCCACAUGCACCGGAGACGACGCUACCGGAGGUCGGAGUCUGAGAGUUCCAUCUGGCGCUCCUCCAGCACCGAGAGCAGGCAUCAUCUGCACAAAUCAGUGGAUCACCCUGCGUUGGGAGGCAUAGCAGCCCUGAGGGAGGACCCUGGUACAGCACUGGACCACAGACGGUUUGAGUGGGAGCCGGCCGCCAAUUCAGUGUGUAAAACAACUCCAGUCUUUGGCUCCGUCCUUUCUACCGGCACCUCAAAUCUUGGCGGUGAGGUUUUAAACACAACAGUGAUUCUCCGUCACACUCUGACCAAUCAGAGCAAAGGGCCAAAGGAUUACGAUUCCGGGAAUGACACGUCUUCCCCACCAUCGACCAAAACCGGCAUUUCACAGUCAAACGUCAUCGGCGACAAAAAGGUCCUAUGUCAAGCGUCGGCUUCACCGGAGAAACUGAAGUUUAGGGACGGAGACAACGCGUCUGACUCUGGGAACUCGAUGACCAGCUAUGCUUCCCUGUGUAAACCUCUGUAUGUGGAUGGUGGUUUGUCUACUCCUAUUUUCAAUGGGAACGGCAAGAGUGAGCCGGUGACAACCUCAGGAUGGGGGGCCAAGGUGGAGAGACCUCAGAAGACUGCCUCCAUCUCUCAGUUGAGGACGGUGGCCUCUUCACGUAAGAGGACUAAAGACAAGUCCUCCUCCAGCAGCAGCAGCAGCAGAAGCAGGAGUAGAUCGUCUGGGAGCUCCAUACACUCUGGACGCUACUCUCGAAGCCGAUCACUGUCAACUGCCAGGUCAUACUCCCGUUCACCCAGCUACUCAGCUGGUUUGAGAAGGAAACAAAGUGAAGACAGUGGGAGGUCCAGAGGAAGAUACUCCAGAUUAAGCGAAGACAGUGUCCGAGAGAGGAAGAGGGACCCCAGCUCCUGUGAGAAGGAUGUGAAACACAGCAGUCGGAGGCAUAGACGUAGGUCCUACUCUCCCAUGAGGAAAAGGAGGAGAGAUUCACCCAGUCACCUGGAAGCCAGGAGGAUAACCAGUGCCAGGAAGAGACCCAUCCCCUACUUCCGGCCCAGUCCUUCGUCCAGCAGUCGCUCUACCAGCGUAUCCUCUUGGAGCAGCCUCUUCACAAGGAGCCGUAGCCCCAGUCCUGGCCUCUGCCUCAGUCGAUCCAGGAGUAGGAGUAGGAGCCGAGGAAGAAGUAGGAGUAGGAGUUACUCCUCCUACAGGAUCUACAGUCGCAGCUCGUCUUGGAACUCCAUCUUUGGGAGUCGGAGUCGGAGCCAGAGUCGGAGCUAUGACUCGUUGGACGGUUACAGCAAGAACAAGAACCGGCGCUGAGUUAUCAACAGACUGAGUUGUCGACAGACUGAGGAGGAGACUGCACUAUGAUUCCCCAAGUCAACUGGAGAACAGCGAAAGUAUGGGGAAAAAUGUCAUCUCUUUGCAUCAUUCCUUGUUAGAUCCCUGAGCCAGAAACUUCAGACAAAUGUUUUACCAUACAUUGAAUUCCUUGGCAGAUGAAUUCCCGUCUUGAAUUGAAUCAGUGCUGUUCACAUUGCCCAGACAGAAACCACUGGAAAUAGAUUGAUUGAAUGUUGUCUUUGGUUCAUUUUGUACAUCCUCAGUGUAUUUGCCAUGGCCAGAGACAGUUUUUUCUUGUGACACUCUUCCUCUGACGUCCAUGAGUGAAACAAAGGAUGAAGGAGCACCAUUCAUUUUUACCCUCUGAUAAACUCUUCAUUUUAUAACAGCUCUUAAGUUUAAUUUCUGAUCUGUGAUGUGCACUACAAAGGUGUUUUGGGACAAUUUCAGUAGUUUUGUGAAUGUGUGUAUUUUCAAACGGCGUGAGAGAGUGUUUAUCAGGAACAUAGGAAAAGGUGUGUUGCUUCUCUGAUCUCAGCUCUUCAGAAGGUAGAGCACAAACAUGGCCUCCUCUGAGAAAUGGAGGAGGAGGAGGAGAAG